AUGUUACUCCAACUCGUAUUAUAUCAGGAAAUUUAAUUAAAACUUAUUUUGGAACUGAAUAUCUUGCUGAAGUUCAUGCUUCAUUAAAUAAUGCAGACCAAUUUUUCGAAGAUAAUCAUGUAAUGAUUAUUUGUACCACUCCAGAACAAUUAAGUGAAUGGGUGAAAUGUCAAUAUUUUGAAAUUGAUUUAGUAUUUACUAAUUGUGCAACAUCAGUUGCAUAUUACAGAAUCUUUCAUUCACUUUUUGAUCUUAUAUUACAAUUAACUAGAUUAUCACCUCAAUUUAAACAUAUUUAUGAUAAUGGUUGGGAAUGUAUUAUUGCAGAUUUGAAUUAUGCACAAGCAAAAGGGGGUGGAAUGAUAUUGAAUGAAAUAGAUAAAACAAAAGAUUGA